UAAUUUUAAAACCACAGGCAUCUAUUCUACCUGAUCUUUCAUUCAACAUUAGCAUCUAGUACCCUUUUUUCUUUUUCUUUUUUCUUGAAUAUAUAUAACCACUUCCAACGCUAGCUCUAUAAUUUGAGACAGAAAUUCCAUCUCGAUAAUUCAGAAUCCACCACCUCAUCAGGUAUGGAGCUUUCCAUUAACGCCGGAAUACCCGUUCUCGGAAAUGGGUUGGGGUAUGAGAGAGCCAAGGAAGUGAAGGAAUUUGAUGAAACAAAAGCUGGAGUGAAGGGACUUGUUGACUCUGGUGUGGCCAAGGUUCCAAGGUUCCUCAUCCAUCCACCAGAGAGCCUUCCAAGCUCAUCUCCACCCACUAUGCAGUACUUCAAAGUUCCGGUGAUUGAUCUCCGAGGCUUUGAAAGUUGCCCGCGGACUGAGAUUAUCAAUGAAAUACGAGAAGCAUCAGAAACAUGGGGCUUCUUUCAAAUUGUUAAUCAUGGAGUUCCGGCUACUAUCAUAGAAAAUAUGUUGGACGUUGUGCGAAGAUUUCAUGAGCAACCAAAGGAAGAGAAGAUGGAGUGGUACUCGCGAGAUUACAAGCAACGAGUUAGGUACUACUGCAACGGUGACCUCCUCGUGUCAAAAGCAGCAAAUUGGAGGGAUUCAAUUAUAUUCGAUUUCCAAGAUGGACCCCUAAACCCUGAAGCUUUUCCUCCGGUAUGCAGGGAGUCUGUGAGAGAGUAUAUGAAACACAUCAUCGAACUAAGCAAAGGGCUGUCAGAAUUGCUGUCAGAGGCUUUGGGGCUUAGGAGUGACUACCUGGCUCGUAUAGAAUGCAUGAAAAGUGAAUCACUGGUUUGUCACUACUACCCAGCUUGUCCGGAGCCACACUUGACCCUUGGCACAACAAAGCAUUCAGAUCCAUCCUGUCUAACUCUACUUUUGCAAGACAGUAUUGGAGGCCUCCAAGUCCUCCAUCAAAACCACUGGGUCAACGUUCCACCAGUGCAAGGAGCACUAGUUGCCAACAUCGGUGACUUUUUGCAGCUUAUCACAAAUGACAAGUUCAGAAGCGUGGAGCACAGGGUUCUGGCUGGACGUGCUGGGCCCAGGGUCUCAAUUGCAUGCUUUUUCUAUCCAAGUCCUACUCACAAAUUUAAACCCUAUGGGCCAAUAAAGGAGUUUCUAUCUGACAAGGAUCCACCCGUAUACAGGGAGACUCAUAUUAGUGAAUAUCUUGCUUAUUACAGAUCCAAGGGGCUGGAUGGCAACUCAGCCCUUCCUCACUUCAAAGUCUAACCCAUGCUGUAUAGCAGUAGAGUGAAGGUUGUCAUUUAUAUCAGAGGAAGUCACUAAAAGUCAUUAAUAUUAUAGUUUAUUUAUAACUGUAUUUUUAUCUGGUUUUGCAACUUGUUUAAUUAUAAUCUAGGGAUUCUGGCGGGAAGUAAUUUUUUUUAUUGAUGUACCGAUUUUAGAUAAAUGAAAGAACCAAAAGAAUUGGGUCAAAAAAA